AUGGUAGGCGGGGGCGAACCGGGAAACGUGCAGAUUGCCUUGUCGUCGCUAUAUGUGACGAAUACCAACGAGUUUGCCGACCGCAUUGGUGCCAGUGGGUCAGGAGUAAGCGCGGUCACGAUUCGUAAUAUCAGGUGGCCUAAACCCAAGCAGGUGACAUGCUAUCUCCUGUUCUCCCUGGGCACUGCAGUCAUCGGCUCCCUUCAGUUUGGCUACAACACCGGAGUCAUCAAUGCACCAGAACAGAAACUGCGUGGCUUCUUCAACAACACCUGGAUUGAGCGCUAUGGCACGCCUAUUCCGGCAGGCACCUGCACCAUCGUGUGGAGCUUGGCAGUUGCCAUCUUCAGUGUGGGCGGCAUGAUUGGCUCCUUCAGUGUGGGCGUCAUGGCCAAUUACUUUGGCAGGCGGAAGUCCAUGUUCAUUGUCAACAUCCUGGCCCUGAUAGGAGGUGCCCUGAUGGGGCUGUGCACACUCUGCUCCUCCUUUGAGAUGGUCAUCGCCGGCCGCCUGGUCAUCGGGCUCUUCUGCGGCCUCUUCACCGGUCUCACGCCCAUGUACGUGGGCGAGGUGUCCCCUACGCCGCUCCGCGGGGCUUUCGGCACGCUGCACCAGCUAGGGGUGGUGGUUGGCAUCCUCAUUGCACAGGUGUUUGGACUGGAGGCUCUGCUGGGUUCGGACCUGCUUUGGCCGGUGCUGCUGUCCCUGACGGUGAUCCCGGCGGUGUUGCAGUGCCUCCUGCUGCCCUUCUGCCCCGAGAGCCCUCGCUACUUGCUCAUCAACCUCGCCAAGGAAGAGGAGGCGCGCAAAGCCCUGGUGCGGCUUCGUGGGGUUGAGGAUGUGAGCAAGGACAUGCAGGAAAUGAAGGAGGAGAGUGCCAAGAUGGCCAUGGAGAAGAAGGUGACCAUUGCCGAGCUCUUCCGCACGCAGGCCUACCGGCAGCCAUUGCUCAUUGCCGUCAUGCUGCAGCUCUCCCAGCAGCUCUCGGGCAUCAACGCGGUGUUCUACUAUUCCACUGGUAUAUUUGAGUCUGCUGGAGUGACCAAGCCCAUCAUUGCCACCAUUGGAGCCGGUGCCGUUAACACCGUUUUUACUGUGGUGUCGCUCUUCCUAGUGGAGAGGGCGGGACGUAGGACUCUCCACCUCAUCGGAUUGGCUGGAAUGGCUGUCAGCGCUCUGCUGAUGACGAUAGCACUCUUAUUGAAGGGCAUUCCAUCACUGAGUUACCUGAGCAUUGGGGCGGUGUUUGCAUUUGUGGCAUUCUUCGAGCUGGGGCCCGGUCCAAUCCCAUGGUUCAUUGUGGCCGAGCUCUUCUCCCAGGGACCCCGCCCAGCCGCCAUGGCCGUUGCUGGUUUCUGCAACUGGACUGCCAACUUCCUGGUCGGGAUUAGCUUUCCAAAACUGGAGGAGUUGUGUGGGGCCUAUGUGUUCAUCAUCUUCACGGGCUUCCUUAUCCUCUUCUUCAUCUUCACCUACUUCCGCGUGCCUGAGACCAAGGGCAAGACGUUCGACGAGAUCGCCCAAUGUUUCAGCCGGGCUCCGCCCCCCACCGACCCCUCUGGCGAAGCCCCGGCAACCGACGACUCCAUCACGCCGGUGAAGGAGAAGGUCCCCCUGAUGACUUCCAACUCUACUGCCAACGACGUGAGUGUGUCAUCGGCGGACGACAGGACCACUUCCACCACCCCACUUCUGGCCGCCUCCAACACUGACACCUCCAAGCCUGCACAAUCACCAGUAGUAUCAGCAGCACCAAGCACAAAGCCAGAGCCUUCUCCUACUACGCCAGCCCCAACCCCAUCCCCGACACCAGCUCCUGCUCCUGCCAAGCCCGCCGAGGCUACAUCCACUACCGCCACCAGCAGCAAGCCUGCCGAUAAGGCAAAGUCACCUUUGGAGACCGUCACACCUGUUGCCGCUGCUGCUCCAGCUGUCAAACCAGCCAGCGAGGCCAAGGCUCCGGCUCCACAGCCUGCUACCGAAGCUAAGAAGCCUGCCCCUCAACCAGUCGCAGCAGACACCAAAAGUUCAGCAGCGCCCAAGCCGGUGGAGACUCCGAAGCCUGCUGCCCCACAACCAGUCCCAGACACGAAGAGUCCAGCUCCUAAACCAGUGGAGACGAAGGCUGCCGCUCCAACACCACCGGCACCAGAAACGAAGUCUCCAGCACCUAAAGCACCAGAGCCCAAGAGUGUCGCACCACCAGAACCAGUAGCAGAGACCAAGACCCCAACACCUAAACCAGCGGAGACAAAGAGCGCUGCCCCAGCCCCACCAGCGCCAGAGCCGAAAAGCAGUCCGGCACCUAAAGCCCCAGAGUUGAAGAGUCCAGUAGCAGAUGUGAAAAGUCCGGCGAAGCCAGUGGAGGAGCCGAAAGCCACAACUCCAAAAGCAGCGCCGGCUCCAGCAGAAGUCAAGAGUCCAGCAGCUCCAGCCCCAGCCCCAGCUCCAGCACCAGAGGCUAAAUCUCCACCUGCUCCUGCUCCUUCAACUCCGGCUCCUAAAUCUCCUCCUCCUGCAGUAGAAGCUAAAAGUCCCUCCGUACCACCACUGGCGGACACCAAGACUGAGUCUCCAAAGCCAGCUGCAGACGCCAAGUCUCCUGCUGCUGACUCCAGGAGUCCUGUGGUAGACAUGAAGAGUCCUGUUGCACCGCCUGAAGCCAAGAGUCCGAGUCCUGCAGCAGCAGCACCACCACCACCGGUUGCAGAAGCCAAGAGUCCUGCUGCUCCACCACCUGCUCCUGAGGCAAAGAGUGCCCCUCCACCUUCAAAACCAGCUGAAGAAGUAAAGAGUCCAGUGGCACCUUCUCCUCCUGUCGUAGAAACAAAAACACCACCAGUCAAAGCUCCUGCAGCAGCACCGGCAGCUGAGGUGAAGAGCUCACCUCCUCCACCAGCUCCUGAAGCAAAGAGUCCUGCUGCUCCUGCUGCACCUGUUGCUCCACCUCCAGCAUCAACCAAUGUGAAGAGCCCUACAGAAGAUGUCAAAAGUUCCCCUGUGAAGCCUGCAGCUGAGAUGAAAAGCCCCACUGCUCCAGCAGCAGCAGCAGCAGCAGAUCUGAAAAGUCCUGCAGCACCACCCACAGCAGAGGCCAAGUCCCCUUCGCUUAAGCCAGGUGAUGAAGAUGUGGCCUCAGGUCUCAAGAAGGAGACGAGUUCAACAGAUAAAGAAGUCUAG